CGACCUCAGAAACAUCAUAGAUCGACCUCAGAAACAUCAUAGGUCGACCUCGGUAAGAUCAAAGACGAGAAUGAACAGGCCCAAACGCUUCAAAGCAUACGCUUAACAUUUGGAAUGCAAAAGGAAAUCGGCCGACCUCAUUAACAUCAUAGGUCGACCUCAGAUCUGGUCGACCAUGGUUAAGAUUAGGUCGACAAAUCUGACGAACAAAACAUAAGAUCCUUCAUUUUCGAGCUUUAGAUCUUUUUAAAAAUCGAAAAACGCGUACAAUUUUGAGAGCAAAACAUCAUAGGUCAACCUCAAGAACAUCACAGGUCGACCUCAGUUCAUGAAAACGAGAACGGAUCAAAUACAUACGUUUAAUAUUUGGAAUGCAAAAUAAAAUCGGUCGACCUCAGUGACAUCAUAGGUUGACCUCAGCUUCGGUUGACCAUGAUUAGGUCGACCGAAAUUUGACGAACAGAAUAGAAAAUCCCUCUUUUCCAUCUUUAGAUUUUUUUAAAAAAAUCUAAUCUACCAAUGAAGAAUAGAAAACUCGAACCAAAUGAAAGGAAGAUUGAAAUACCCACCUCGUUCUUCUUCUUAGUAGAUGAGGAUGAAAUGAAAUGGAGCUUUUGGUUCUUCUCCUAUGAGUUUUUUGAAAUUGGAGAAGAACAAGAAGAAGGAAGAGGAGAGGAAGAAUGAGUGGAUGUGGUGGGAUAGGGUUAUGAUUGUGGUGUAGAAUAAAUGGAGGAGGUUUCUUAAAUAUGGGAUUGAAGGAUAGGUUUGGGUGGAUGUUGUUAUACAAACCAGCUUGGUCGGAUGAAUUAAAUACGCGGUCGACCGCUCAAUAAAUUAGGUCGACCGUCUAUGAUCAGGUCGACCGUGUCUUUUAUGAGGUCGACUGUUUUAAUGUGUUUGUUUAUUUCAACCAACAAUCAACUAACUCAUAAAUUAUUAAGAUAAUUCGAGUAAAAAACAAUGCAAUCACAGUUACAAAAAAAAAACUCUUAAAAAACAGUAGAAGAAAUUUAAUUUUUUUUUGGACUUUUUUUCGGGCACUUAAGGCAAAAAUGACCAUAUUUCCCACAUUUCGAACACUUUAUUACGCUUUUUCCCGAUGCACUUCAUGCUGACUUGAAUGUCCCCUUGGUCUUCCCAAUUUUUGGAUCUUUCACACUUUGAAGGGGUGCUGGAUGGUUUGCAGGUGCAGUGGUGUCCGUUCUCUCCCUCGAGAACUCAAUUGCCCAUUGGGUAAGGUCAUCCAACGACUUAGAGACAUGAAUAAAAACAGCUUCACUACCACACGCGAUGUCAAACAAACGCUUACACUUUAGAGACAAUCCUCCAUGUCUUAUCAGUCGACCAACUUUCUCUCCCACAUCACCUCCAACUCUAGGAUGACGAUUUAGUGUCUUUGCAUUUUGGGUCCAUCGAAGCUUGAACCACUUGGAGGGUAGUGCGGUGUAUCCAUAUUUUUUAUUACUGUAAGCAUUUGUCUGCAUGGAAACCCCAACAACUAACAAAACAAAUUGUAUAUAAUAAUGGAAGAAAUAAGAUGGAGAGAACAGAAGAGCAGAGCAGAGAGAAAGAAGCAAGCAGCCUCUGGCUCUGUAGAGAAAGAGACUGUUUGUGGGUGGGUAUGGAAUGGGUGGGUAUUAAUAAUAAAGAGGAUGAGAGAGGGGAUCAGAGGGGUAACAAUGAAAGAGAUGCGGUGGUGGUGACGACGAAGAAAUGUAAGGCCAUCAUUAUCAUCAGCAUCUUCUUCGUCUUUAUAUCUCUGCUUCUGCUUCUACUUCCGCUGUAGCCUGCAGAUAAUUGCCAGCACAAAUAUCACUGCCCGUGAGCGGCUACGAAGGCGGCAGGGGGCAAAAUUGGGAGCUGAUUUGGUUGCGGGGAAGGGAUGUAGUGGGAGGGAGGAAGCUACCCUUUCAAUUUGUAACUAUAAUGAUUUUUCUGUAUUUUUAUUUUAAUUUAUUGUUAAAAUGAGUUGGAAAUGAUAGAAAAAUAAAAUUUAUUUUAUUUAUUAUUUUUUAAUUGUCACGUCAUUGAGUUAACGGUCAACUUUAACGGUUGACUGCUACAUCAGACAAAGUUAACGGAGUUGUACGGAGAGUGACCAAACUUGAACCAUUUAACUAAUUUGAGUGACCAAGAUUGGAUAUAAAUAUUUCCAGUAUAGGUGUCAAAACAGAACCCGACCCGAUUACCCAUACUCGCAACCCGAAGUGACUGAAAGUCAACGACCGGUAACCCGCUCGACCAGCAACCCCACUGACCCGCAUUCCGAUUAACCCGAACCCGAUUGACCCGCAACCCGAUUAAACCCGAACCAGAUUGAUCCGAACCUGACUAACCCGUAACCCGACCGACUCAACCCGAACUUCACCUAAUCCACUUGAAUAAUUAUUAUAUCAUUCAAUACAUAGUUUUUCAAAAUAAAGUUUUUCAUUCUAAACUUAGGUAAAAUUAUUUUUUCCUUUCGUAUAGGAAACUUAAAAAAUAUGAAACUCACGUGAUAUUAUGUAUUUAAGAAAAUUACAAAAAAUGAAACAUGAACGUCACUUGAUAUACAAAGCUCUUUAACAUAAUUAAAAAAUAAAUAUAAAAUAUAAAAUUAACACAAUGUCAAUAUGAAUAAUGAAGAAUUAAUAAUUUAGAUCGGUAUAAUAUUAAUAUAAUAUAUAAAUUAAUUUUUUUGUUAAUUUAACUAUUCAAUAAAAUUAUUAAUUACAUAUAAUAAAGUAAAGUAAUUUAUUUGGUAAUUUGAUGCUUUUAAAAGGAGAGAAAAUUUUUGUUGUAUUCAAUCGUGUAUAUAUAUAUAUAAAUAUAAUUGUUUAUGGAAUAAUAACUAAAUUAACCAUUAGUAACAACAAUCAUUUGUUUUACAUAUUAUUUAAUUUGUCUACUUGUUUUCUAUACUUCUACAUUUAUUGUAACUUCAACACUACUUGAUCGUUAUUUUACAAUACUUAGUAAAAUUUUGGCACAUUUAAGUUGUGUUCGUGUUGAAAUUUUAUUUCAAAAUGGGGUUAAACUUGGCAUGUUAAGUCAUACGAUUGCAAUAACUCAGUCAGGUUGCGGGUUUGAGAAUUUUGGUUAAUCGAGUUGCGGCCUUGCGGUCACUUUGGAAUGAGAAAUGAGAGGGAGGUUUGGGUGGGAACUUUGGAAUGGAAAAUUUAUGGGCGGGUGAAUAUGAGCCAACAAUUAUACUAAACUUGAUAAGUAAUCUUUGACGGUUCGUUGUUUAUGGUAUAAAGUAUAUGCUUAGGGUAUAGGGUAUAAGGUAGAGAUGGUUUAGAGUGUAUAUGGUUAGUGUAUAAUGUAUUGAUGAUUUUGACAGUUCUAAGUUUUUUAUUAACAUAUGUUCACUUGAAGUCAUUUGAAGCCUUUAACGGCAGGAGAUCCCUUUUUAAUUUAUGUUUAUGGUACGUGGUUAGAGUACAUGGUAUAUGGUGUAGAGUAUAGGAUAUAUGGUUAGAGUAUAGCAAUUAGCAAAUAUCACUUUUUUAUCUAUGUUUUGAAAAUCAAAGUAUGAAUUUCACAUUUAAAUUAACUAUACUAGCAAAAUCACAACUCAUAAGGAUAUAUGGUCAGGGUAUAGGGUAUGUUGGUAGUGUAUAAUGUAUUGAUGGUUUAGAGUAUAUGAUCAACAACAUACACUAACUUAAUAUUGUCGAUUGAGGGUAAGGCUAAGUGUAUAGGAUAUAUGUUAUUGAGUAAGUUAUGAUUGAAGUCACAACAAUUUUACUAAAUUUGAUAGUUAAUC